GUUUGUCAUUUUACGUUCAAAUUACGUAAAUAUCAGACCCGCUUUUUAUACUUUCCCUUCUUCCCAUUUUUGUGGACAAGAUUAUUUAUAUUUAUUAAUAAUAUUAAUUUAGAUAUUUAUAACUGAAUUACACCAUCAGUUGAUAAACUUGGGAAAACAUUUUAAAAAAAUUGAAAAAAAAAUCUUUAGGAAUAUCUCGAAAAAAAUAGUCUUGUGGGGGAAAAUAACAAUUUGAAACUUUCGUGUAAAGAAUCUGAAAGUAAUUUGGUAAAUAUUGUUGAAACCUGACAGACUCCACACUCCAUCAAAGAAACCAAAAGAAAUAUGGGUGUCGAUGAAAAUAACAUGGAUUUUAUAGAAGAGAAAGAAAUGAACGAAAUACUUGAUACAGCCAUUUCAGACAUGCUAGGAAGAAUUAAGCAGUCACUCGAAGAUGAAAUUCCAGCCAAACCACUGCCACCAAUGGUCCCCAUACCCAUACGAGAGGAAGAGCCCAAAAAAUUAGUUAAAGUCCUUGAGGACUUAGGAGUACAGACAGAUGCAAUAGCCAUGGAUGGUGAAAAGAAAAUGCAGUACCAGAUCAACAUUCAGGAACAUGCACGCCCAGCCUGCUCACCACUCCACAUCAACUUGAGCCUGCCUCCUCAUACUUGCCCGUCAACAACACCAUCCAGUUGUCCAGCUCCAGUUAAAUCGACUGCAGAGCCAAGAGAAGAACCUAAAAGUACAGAUAAUGUCAGUGUGCAAACUGAUAAGAUUGGUGAUGUUCCCAGUACACCGAAGACACAAACUGAUGUCCAGAAGCAAGCAAAACCAGGUGCUUCACCAAUCCAUAUCAAUGUGACCAUGCCUCACAUCUGUCAACCGGAAACAGCCAAACCCACUCCAGCUGCACCACAGCCAGACUCUGCAGCAGAGCAAAAAAAGAAGCCUGAACUUAAGGAAAUUGGUGUGCAAUAUGAUAAUAUGGAUGCUGGCACAAAGGAAGAUGUGCCCCCUGAGACCACUCCAGCUGCACCACAGCCAGACUCUGCAGCAGAGAAACCAAAGAAGCCUGAUCUUAAGGAAAUCGGUGUGCAAACUGCUGACAUGGAUGCUGACAAAAAGGAAGAUGUGCCCCCUGAGACCACUCCAGCUGCACCACAGCCAGACUCUGCAGCAGAGAAACCAAAGAAACCUAAACUUUUUAAGGAAAUCGGUGUGCAAACUGCUGACAUGGAUGCUGACAAAAAGGAAGAUGUACACCCACCAUUAACAGUUCAACUUAUCAUAGAAGAGAGUCCAGCCACAGCAGGGUCAACAGAGACCCCUGAGCCGCAAAAGGAGGGUAAAGCUGUUGAAACUGUGAGUGUGCAGACUGAGGAGACAGCUGCUGACAGAGAAAAGCCGGUACUGUACGAUAUCAACAUCCAAGAACAUGCACGGCCAGAAAAUACACCACUUCGUAUCAAUUUCAACCUGCCUCCGCACACUUGUCCAAAAUCAGUAUCUGAACCUACUCCAGAGGAGGAAUCUCAAGAAUCAUCUGACUCACAAAAAGAAGAUCAAGUUACUGGUGGUGUGGGUGUACAAACUGUUGAGACAGGUGAUGAUAGGCCGAAACCAGUGCGGUACAAGAUCAACAUCCAAGAACACGAGCGCCCAGCUUCCUCACCACUCCAUAUCACUGUGAACCAACCUCGUCAUACCUGUCCAGCAUCAACAGGUCAAUCCCCUCCAGCUACACCACAGCCGGCCGAAAAGCCUAGAAUUAUGAAGGACCUGAGUGUACAGACAGGUGAGAAUGGUGCUGAAAAGUCAAGCCCAAACCAGUACCAGUUCAAUAUGCCAAAGCAGUCAGGUCCGGGAUCCUCACCAAUAAGUAUCCAUGUGAAUGUACCGCCUCAUGACUGUCAAUCAUCAAUGUCAUCAACAGUUAAACGGCCGUCAAUCAGAGACAUUUCAGACUCACAACAGCCACCAAAAAGACCUAAACAAGUUGGGGACAUGAGUGUACAGACUGAUGAUGCUACUAGCAAACCAAAGAUAACGCAGGUAGACAAGCAUGGACACGUGUAUAUCAAUGUGAAGGUACCUCCUCACAACUGUACCCUGCAGACAGCCAACCCCAACUUAGACAACAGCACUCAAGCCAUCCGAAAGCAAUCAAAACCAGCCACAUUUAAUAAGGAUGUAGGUAUGUAGACCAAUAUGACAUGUAGUGACGAUUCAAAUUUGAUGCAGGCUAAAAAUCAGUAUGAUGUACUCCCAGAUGGCACACCUGUCUGUAUCACUUUGAACACACCUUCUCUCACCUCUCAACAAGCAGCAACACAACCCAACACCACUGCCAAAACUCCAGCCAGCCCAGCACAGUCAAAGAGAUCUAGACUGAAGGAGGAUGUAGGUGUGCAGGCUGGUGAGAUACCUGACAAUUCAAUGAAGACACAGGUCAGCAAUCAGAACUAUGUGCUUCCAGAUGGCUCACCUCUCCAUUUCACUUUCAACAGGCCACCAAAAGCAACAGUGCAACCUACUUUGAAUAGAAAAAUUCCAGGCUGUCAUAUGGUGUCAUGCCCUGCUAUCCGUCCAAGAAGGGUGAAGUGCUGUUGCCACAAAUAGCCGGUAGACAACCAAGAUUUCAAAUGAAAUGUUCAUCAACUGCAAAAACUCAAAACUGUCAAAGGGUUGUGUUUCCAAGAAAAUAGAAAUCAAGUAAAUAGGAAUGGCAAAAAAGUUAAUAAAACAAUAUAACAACAUCUACACAAA